AUGCAGAUGGAGCUGCGGGUCGGGGGACGAUUCAGACUCGGUAGGAAGAUUGGAAGCGGAUCUUUCGGUGACAUCUACUUAGGUCUGAAUGUGCAAACCAAUGAAGAAGUAGCAGUGAAGUUGGAAUGUAUCAAAUCCAAACAUCCGCAGCUCCACAUCGAAGCUCGGUUAUACCGCGUGAUGUCUGGUGGCAUUGGAAUUCCAGAUGUGAAAUGGUGUGGUUUGGAAGGUGACUAUAACGUUAUGGUUAUGGAACUUCUAGGACCUUCACUUGAAGAUCUUUUCAAUUUUUGUCAACGGAAAUUUUCUCUGAAGACUGUUUUGCUGCUGGCUGAUCAGAUGAUCACACGUAUUGAAUAUAUCCAUGAGCGGGAUUACAUUCAUCGUGAUAUCAAACCGGACAAUUUUCUUAUGGGUCUAGGAAAGCGGGGAAAUUUAGUAUAUAUAAUUGAUUUCGGGUUGGCGAAGAAAUAUCGUGAUUCGCGGUCUCAACACAUUCCAUAUAGGGAGAACAAAAAUCUUACUGGUACUGCUCGUUACGCUAGCGUCAAUACUCACCGAGGAAUAGAACAAUCACGUCGUGAUGACAUCGAAUCGUUGGGUUACGUUUUGAUGUAUUUUAAUCGUGGAACGCUUCCAUGGCAAGGGCUCAAAGCGGCGACAAAAAGGCAGAAAUACGAUAAAAUAUCAGAGAAAAAGAUUUCCACAUCAGUAGAAGAGCUUUGUGCAUCGUAUCCUGAAGCCUUUGCCUCAUACCUACGCUACAGCCGCACGCUAGGAUUUGAAGAUACGCCUGAUUAUGGCCAUUUAAGGCAGCUUUUCCGUAACCUCUUUCAUCGCCAAGGGCUCCGCUAUGACUACCUCUUUGAUUGGAAUCUGCUCAAGUUUGUUCUAAAAAACUUUUCUUAA